AUGUGCCCGGAGAAUCAGGUAUUGACCGAUUCUGUAAGGAAGCUAUUCCUAGAAGAAAUCAACCAGAUCAGAGGAGGUGUUGUUGGUUCUCCAAUGUACAAGGUAGGGCCUACCUGCAACCGCUGCGUUGAUAUCGGAUUGCCGUUCUGUUCUGAUGGACUCUGCAGCGCAGGACGUCUUCGAGAAGCGCUGAUGAGUUCAGCAGCGAUUUCGGCACACACUACUCGAUUAAUACUCACUCUGGAAGCGUUCCAGUUGAUGCACGUGCUCUACCACCAGCACCGUUAUACUACUUCGUUGGACGAAGACUAUCAACUUUUGCUUGUUCCACCUCAAAUAGGGGAUGGACUCCCUGUUUCUGCUGAGCCAGGACUGACUCAUGACAUCCUUGUAUCCCGCACGUCGGUCCGGCCAAAAGCCUGCAAUCAAGUGACUGGGAGGUGCAAGGGAGGCGGUUUGGAGUCGAAUCCAACAAAUAAGCUCCACAUGUCCACACCGGGAGAACGAAAGUUCUCCCAGGAACUCAAGGGACUAGAGGCUUGCAACCUGCCCAUGGGUUUUGAAAUUUUUAAGCAAAACACAAUAAUAGUAAAGAGUCUCCUAAUUCCGGAGGAAAGCCUGGAUCGCGAUCUGACCGAGACGAGACGACGUCACCCUCUCAACGCCGUAUAUGAAACUGGAGAAGAACUGUUCUUAGGAACAUGCGACAGUAGAGGUGUUGGUGGAGUUGGCGUCCUCGUCAACACGAGUAUGGCAAAGAACAUCGACUCUUUUGAACAACUUACGACCCGAAUCGGAUGUCUGCGGAUGAGAAGAUGUGGCCCAAUACCAGCUAUCUUCGUCGCUUACGCUCCAACAUCAAGCUACGAAGAAAAAGAAGUCGAAGUUUUCUAUAUGGACCUGGAGAAGUUCUACCAAGAAGAUCAUGCCUUCUACAAGGUCAUAAUUGGCGAUUUCAACGCUAAGGUUGGCCCAAGAAGAACGCCGGAGGAACUUCACAUCGGGACCCACGGCCUACAAUGGAAUGACCAGGGAGAGAGGCUCUCAGAGUUCAUCAUGACGACUAAGACCAUCCAUGGGAACUCGCAAUUCCAGAAGCCCUUCUCUCUACGCUGGACGUGGGAGUCACCAGGUGGAGGGUACCGUAAUGAAAUAGACCACAUCAUCGUCAAUAAAAGGUUCUGCCUGACGGACAGAGAGAAAUCCCAGGACUACCAUCAACUGGGAUCUCUUCGCUACGCUAGCCGGCUUUUGGAAGAUUCCGCAAUGGACAACAUCGACGAGGAAUAUGACCGGCUUGUCGAACACCUUCACGACUGCGCGAAGAAGGCUGAGAGUUUUAAAACCACCAAGAGGCGCCUGUCUCUUCAAACUCUUGAGCUGAUACGCCAGCGUGGAGCAGCACGAGCCGCAGGGAACCAAGAACUCACGUCCGAGUUCGCAAGGCUUUGCCGAGAGGCGAUAAGGGAAGACCUUAAAGAGAGAAGAGCAGAAGUGCUGGCUGAAGCUGCAGAGGCGGGGAGAAGUAUCCGCUAUGCCCGUCGAGAAUUCGCCAGUCGCAAGACGAGGAUGACUGCUCUCCGGAACCCAAAGGGAACAACCAUUGCAUCGAGAAGGGGGAUGGAGAAAAUCAUCUACGACUCCUACUCUGAUCUCUUCGACAGCCAUGUCCACUUGCCUCCUCACCAUCUGAGGGAAGAUGGACAAGUCAUUCCAGAGGUUCUCCCGUCCAAAAUACGACAUGCUAUCAUGUCGGUAAGAAAUCGUACGGCACCCGGUCCCGACAGAAUAAGACCAGAACACCUGAAGAGCCUUCCGCCAGUACUCAUCAACACCCUGACGAGGCUCUUUACACGUUAUCUGUCGGAAUGCAAGGUUCCUAAACGGUGGAAGACCAGCAAGACCGUGUUGUUGUAUAAAAAGGGAGAUCCACAUGACAUCGGCAACUAUCGCCCAAUCUGCCUACUGUCCGUCAUCUACAAGCUCUUAACAAGAGUAAUCCUUAAUAGGAUUGAAAAAGUCUUGGAUGAAGGACAGCCAUGCGAGCAAGCAGGGUUUCGAAAAGGAUUCAGCACGAUUGACCACAUUCACACUGUUUCGAAACUCAUCGAGGUAUCACGAGAGUACAAGAUGCCGCUCUGUCUCACCUUCAUCGACUUAAAGAAGGCCUUCGACUCAGUUGAGACGGAAGCGGUCGUGGAAGCCUUGGACAACCAAGGCGUCCCUACUCAGUACAUAAAGGUACUUCAUAAAGGAGAGUUGUACAGUAACUUCACGACCGGAAUUUCGCCAUUCUACAAGAACAUCAUCAUUAAAAUGAAGAAGAGGGUCCGACAGGGUGAUACAAUUCCACCCAAAAUACUCAAAGCCACCCUCGAGAACGCAAUGCGAAAGUUGGAAUGGAACGACAUGGGAGUGAAGGUUGAUGGUCGGCAGCUACACCAUUUGCGCUUUGCUGAUGACAUCUUACUGGUAACACCUAGCAUCAGCCACGCGGAACGAAUGCUGACCGAAUUCGACGAAACAUGUGGAUGCAUCGGUCUUCAGCUGAAUCUACAAAAGACGAUGUUCAUGCGGAACGGAUGGGUCUCGGAUGCCCCAUUCACUGCUCAACGGAACGAACAUAUCCGAAUGCACCAGCUACGUUUAUCUGGGUCGGGAACUGAACAUGAUGAACGACCUGACCCCCGAGCUGGGCAGAAGGAGACGAGCGGCUUGGGGAGCGUACAAAAGCAUCGAGGAUGUAGUGAAGAAGACCAGGAACACCCGGCUCCGUGCUCACCUCUUCAACACCACCGUACUUCCUGCUUUGACAUAUGCUUCGGAAACCUGGGCAUUUCACAAGCAGGAAGAAAACUCGGUGAGCGUCAUUGA